GUAAUCACCUUCUGAAAGCUUAAAAUUUCCACAAAUGUAAUGUAUUACACAAUAUUGGCAUCCCUACUGCAUCGAAAUAAUAAAUCGCGAAGAAAGAUAACAAUUGUAAACAUUUUAAUGCUUUCAAUUCGUUGAUAACAGCAUCGAACUAAUCUUGUUUAUUCUAAGAUCCAGUUAGCGAGCGGUAGGUAGAUACGAGUAUACGAAUAAACCAUGGAUUUUGAAAAUUUUAGAAGAAUUCUCGUUCUAUACGUGGGUGGAACGAUUGGUAUGAAAAAGAAUUGUUAUGACGUAUUAGAGGCUGCUCAUAACGAUUUUCGGGCUAAAAUAAAAAGCAGCAGCUCAUUACAUGACUCAAAAUGGGCAAGGGAAAAUUUACACGGAAAAUUAAAAGAGAAUCAGAUGAUAUUACCGCAAAGUGGCAACGGACAAAAGAUACUAUACGAAAUAAUAGAAUAUACACCGUUAUUAGAUUCUAGCAACAUGACUUUAAAAGACUGGAUAAGAAUCGCUAAAGAUAUAGAGUUUUACUAUCACAAUUAUAAUGGAUUCAUAGUUCUUCACGGUACAGAUACAUUAGCUUAUACAGCUUCAGCACUUUCUUUUAUGUUAAAUGGAUUACAAAAAACCGUAAUAGUUACAGGUUCGCAAAUUCCAAUUUUCGAAAGUAGAAGCGACGCGAAUAACAAUUUCUUUGGUUCGUUAUACAUCUGUGGAUCGUUUACUAUACCGGAAGUGUGCGUAUUUUUUUCUAAUAAACUUUUUAGAGGUAAUAGAGUCGCUAAAGUUUGUACAGAAGAUUUAUAUGCGUUCGAUUCUCCGAAUUAUCCUGCGUUAGCUCAUGUUGGGGUUGGAAUUAAAGUACAUGAAUACUUCAUUAGAAAAAUCGAUUAUGCAGAGAAAUUUAGUGUAUAUACUGAUUUAAAUCCACAUGUUGCUGUCAUAGAAUUUUUCCCAACGAUAACAGCAGAAAUGUUAUCAGCGUUUCUUACAAUUCCCAAACUCCAAGGGGUAGUAAUUCAGAGUUUUGGUACAGGGAAUAUACCCUCAAAACUAGAUCUUCUUGAGGUACUUGGGGCGGCAGUGGCUAGAUGUAUACUCAUUGUUAAUAUAACAAUAAGUGCGAAAGGAGCAGUUAGUAUGUCCUACGCUACUGGUAAAGUUUUACAAGAUAUUGGUGUAAUUUCUGGGGAAGAUUUGACCGUAGAAGCUGCUCUAGCGAAAUUGUGUUACGUUUUAGGGUUACCCGGGUUAACUUUCGAGGAACGCAAAGAGGCAAUGCGAACCGAUUUAAGAGGAGAAAUGACUAUACAGAAAUACGAGGAGAUAAAAUAAAUGUUUAUUAAUAUUUAAACAAGCAAUUGUUAUUUUUUAUAAAUGAUUCCAUUGAAUUUUAUUGAUAUAAUGUAUAUUUAUACAAAAAAACUGUUAAUAAAGUAUUUAUUUCAAAA